AUGCCCAAGGUCGAGGCCGAACUAAACCGCAUGGAGAACGCUGGAAUCAUUGCGAAAGUCACAGAACCGACAGAUUGGUGCGCACCCAUCGUGACAGCAUUCAAGAAAAACGGGGAUGUUCGGUUGUGUGUGGACCUUAAGAAACUAAACCAGGCAGUCAAACGUGAACAUUAUAUGUUACCCAACUUGGACGACAUUGCCCCAAAGCUGUGCAAGGCUACAGUCUUUUCGAAACUUGAUGCUAGUAGUGGGUUUCACCAGAUACCUCUAGAUCCAGAGAGUUGUCACCUUACUACCUUCAUAACUCCGUUUGGACGGUACUGCUUUCAGCGGGUUCCAUUCGGUAUUACGUCAGCCCCUGAAAUAUUUCAGCGUCGUAUGUCAGAGAUAUUAGCAGAUAUUAACGGAGCGGACGCCAUAAUGGACGAUAUCAUCAUAUAUGGGAGUACGGUGGAGGAGCAUGACGAGCGUCUGGACCGCGUGCUAGACCGUAUCAAGGAAGUUGGUCUGAAACUCAAUAAGAAGAAAUGCGAGUUCAGGAAACGGAGCAUUGAAUAUUUUGGGCACAUGAUUAGUUCAGAUGGUAUCAGUCCAUGUCCAGAACGUGUGCGUGCAAUACGUGAGUUGGCUGCACCAACAAAUGUGACUGAACUUAAGAGAAUUCUUGGAAUGGUGAAUUAUCUCGGUCGAUUUUUACCUAACCUUUCUACGGUUAUGCACCCCCUUACUGAUCUUUUGAAGAGUGACUCGGUAUGGAUAUGGGACAACCCCCAGGAAGAGGCCUUCAAAAGAGUGAAGGAUAUGCUAACAGAAACACCUGCAUUAGCCUUCUACAAUUCUUCAAAGCCAGUCGUGAUUAGUGCAGAUGCCAGCAGUUAUGGCCUAGGAGCCGCUAUAUUUCAGCAGUUUGAUGGUCAACUUAAACCUAUUGCGUUUGCAUCGAGGACACUGUCACCGGCAGAAACCAAAUAUGCACAGAUCGAGAAGGAGUGUUUAGCAUCUGUAUGGGCCUGUGAGAAGUUCGAGCGCUACAUCAUCGGACUCGAUUCGUUCAAGCUCAUCACUGAUCACAAACCUCUCGUUCCGCUCAUUAACACUCAAGCUCUAGACAGGACACCUGUGAGAUGUCAGAGACUUUUGAUGCGUUUACGCAGAUUUAAUCCAGUAACAGAACAUGUGCCAGGGAAAAAUCUCGUGGUUCCCGACACUCUUUCUAGGAGCCCGCUAACUGGAAACGCUGAGGAUACAGAAGAGGAAGUCAAUCUCUAUGUCGACUGUGUUAUACAGAAUAUUCCGAUAUCGGACCAACGGCUAGAGCGCAUUCGAUUAGCUACAGCAGAUGAUCCAGAGUUGUCUGAAGUUUUGAAGAAGACUCAGAACUGGUGGCCAGACCAUGAGAGAUCACUGAAAGCAGAAAUCCGACCAUACGUUUCCGCAAGAUCCGAACUGUCUGUCUGGAAUGGAAUUCUAAUGUACAGAGACCGAUUUGUUAUUCCGGAGGCUCUUAGACCAGAAACAUUGCAAGACAUACAUUCAGGACACUUAGGUCUGAACAAGUGCCGAGAACGCGCCCGAGGAGCUGUAUGGUGGCCAGGAAUAUCAACAGAUAUAGAGCGUACCAUAAAGUCCUGCGAAUUUUGUCUUGUUCAUCAACCGAAACAGAACCGAGAACCUUUGAAGACUACAGUCCUUCCAGAUCGUCCUUGGCAAAAGAUAGCCGCAGAUCUGUGUGAGCUGCAGGGUAGACAUUUCCUAGUAGUUACAGAUUAUUUUUCUCGUUACCUGGAAAUUGCGUAUCUGGAUUCGUUGACUAGUGCUCACGUAAUUGGAAAACUCAAGAACAUAUUGGCUCGUUGGGGUAUUCCAGAGGAAUUGGUAACCGACAACGGCACCCAGUUUACAUCAGACUCUUUCAAGAAGUUCGCAGCUAGCGCAUACAACCACUAG